GAAGAUAUACCAAUUAUGCUCAUGGCAUCCUUCCAUAAAGGUUCACUCAUAACGAUAACAAUCGAUGAAGCAAACCAGCCAGCCAACCAACACAUUUCUGCCACAACAGACCGCUUACCAUACAAACAGCGCCAUCAUCCAACCCCAGCAUUAUUCACUCUAUAUUUACUUUACUGCCGUAUCCCUUCCCAUUGCACAGCAAAGUCAUGCCAUAGGUUCCCUCGGUUGACGCACGGGGAAUGCUCCAUGUAACCAACCAGCCGCUUUCUGGAACACUUCAGCCACGCCAAUGACUUGGGUCACCGUCUUGACAGCGACCUUCGGUGCCGUGCUCUAUGCUCUGGCUUACCUGGCUUCCUGGAUCUAUGGGCUAUUCAGUGUACUAGCCUCGCCCCUGUGGAUCCUAGGCCAUGCCCUCCUUUAUGUGCUCCUUUCUCCGCUAAGGCUUUUACUCAAAUUCGAGGCCAUUCUUAGCUACCUUACAGUAGCCGCAAUAAUGGGGGUGGUCCUGGGAAUAUCAAUACACUAUGGGUCGUCGGUUACUGUGGAGGCGAUUCAUCGAUGGUUUAGUUCCCGGAAGAUUAACACAGCUCCCCGUAGACGGGAUAGUUUUCAUGGACGUCUACUUGACAAAGUCAAAAGAGCUUCUUCUCCGAGCGAUUCCAACGCAUCCGACGAGGAUACUUCGGAGUGAUAGACCGAAUGGGGGAGCAUGGCAUCGUCUGGGAUUCUCGAAGAGGAAGAAGGAGCCGGGCCGAGGAUUUGACGGGCGCUUUUAAUCCUGAGCCUAGUCUAGGGCAUGUGGGCGGAAACUGUAGUGAUUACGUCUGUACUAUAUAUUUUAGCAUUAGCAUCUGUUAGUUUAUUUCGCAGUAGACCAUAACUUCUACAAGAUAUGAGCGGUUCGACCGAAUGCAUGACAGAUACUAGCGGAGGCAGACGGGAUCCUCCCUGGCGGAUGGGGCUGGUAAUCUCCGG